CGCGGCGUUGCGGAAGUUGUCCAGGUCCCAGGCGAAAUAGACAGUGGAGGCGGGACUGAAGGGGGCGGGGCCUGAGGCUCCCCUCCCACGAUCUCGGGUCUCCCCGCGGUCACUUGACCCCGGAAGUGGGGUGUCCGGCUCCGGUGCCAGGGCGGCGGGGGACUGCGGCGUUAGCCUCAGGGGCAGCGGCAGCAGCAGCAGCAGUAGCAGCAGCAAUGUUUCACUUUUUUAGAAAGCCUGUAGAAUCUAAAAAGCCCUCAGUACCAGAGACAGAAGCAGAUGGAUUUGUCCUUUUAGGAGAUACAACAAAUACCCAAGGAAUGGCAGUAAAAGAUAAAACGUCAGAAAUAGAAGGCAACCAACCUUUGGAGACCGGCACAGAAAACUCAUCCAAUGUGACUGUAACAAGCCCUGAGGUGGAAAAUAAGGCAGGCCAGACUCUGGAGAACAGCUCUCUAAUGGCCGAGCUCCUGAGCGACGUACCCUUCACCUUGGCCCCACACGUGCUGGCAGUGCAGGGCACCAUCAGUGACCUUCCCGACCACUUACUCUCCUACGAUGUCAGCGAAAACUUGUCACGGUUUUGGUAUGAUUUCACUCUUGAAAAUUCAGUGCUCUGUGAUUCGUAAUCUUUAUGUCUGUUUGCACCUUAAUAGCUUUAAAAAAAAGUUUACCUAUUUUAUUUAACCUGUUUGAUGUUCUUUGCUAUUUCACUGUUUAAAGGCCCUUAGCAAAGCAAGAAUCAUAAAGCAAAAAAAAAAAAAAGGCAUUGUUAAUUACGCUAUUUUUUUCUUUAAAUAACAUACAUUAGUAUGAAAACAGAAUUUUAAGUUCUAGUUCCUUUCCCCCGACACAUAAUAAAUAUAAAAAUGAAGCCACUGGGUGUUAUGAAAGGAGUAGCUUCUUUCAGCCAGUCUCUCAAAAUACAACACCUCAAAUUUAUCUUAGAAGAACUGUGAAAAAGAACUGUGGCAUUUUCCUUCGUUACCACAAAGCUGAAGUCUGAACUUAGAGUGUAGAUUAUCCUAUUUGGUUUUGGCGGAAGCUUGAGUAAAUGUUAUUUAUUCCCAUUCUUCCACAGUGUUUCUGAAUGAGUUUAGGAAAACCAAUCGCCAGUUACCUUAGUUUCUUCAGUCUCAAAUAUCUUGAUGUGGGAAUUUAAACCUUUUCUUAACCAGCAAGGGUGGUUUCCAGAUACAAGGACAUCAUCAUGUCUCUGGGUGCUGUUUCUGGAGUAGCACAUUUCAACUUUCUUAAACC